GGACCCACCACUCCGGUUGUUUUAAUUGCCAGGCACUACUAGUCGCACUAAGUAUAUCGAUCCUGUCUUGCUUAGAAGAUCCGAUCCUAUCUUGUCCGCCUGGUAUUCUGGAAUCCGAACUCCUCCGUGGCGAUAUUUGUGUUUAAACACUCGAAAGUUACUCAACGGUGCGGUAAGGCAAAACUGCAUAAACGGAAACAAUCUUGACAAGAAUCUUUGAAAACCAUAACUGUGACAAACUGUUGCAGGGUGUUGAAAAAAAUGGCAGCAUCAGGGAAAGAAGUAUUGAUUGUGUACGCAGACCAAGAGCCCAAAUCUCUAAAUGGUUCAUUUAAAACCUUGACGGUGGAAGAACUGAAGAAGCAAGGCUGUAGCGUCACUGUUUCAGACUUAUAUGAAAUGCAAUUUGAGCCAAGAACGACAAGGAAGGACAUAGUUGGUGACCUAUACAAUCCUGAUCAUUUUAAUUAUGGAAUUGAGGCUUGGAAAGCUUAUGAAAAUGGAUGUCUGACUGAAGAUUUGACUGAGGAGCAAAGGAAAGUGAGCAAAGCCGACUUGGUGAUUUUCCAGUUUCCUUUAUAUUGGUUCAGCGUGCCAGCCAUCCUGAAGGGCUGGAUGGACAGAGUCUUAGUCCAAGGAUUUGCUCAUGAUUUCCCAAAGUGUUAUGAAUCUGGUUUACUCAAGAAUAAAUUAGCCUUGCUUUCAUUUACCACUGGAGGAGAUGAAGAAAUGUAUUCAAAGAGAGGACCCAGUGGUAAUAUUCAUUAUCUUCUCUGGCCCAUGCAGCAUGGAAUCUUGCACUUCUGUGGCUUCAGUGUCCUUUCCCCUGAGAUCUGCUUUGCCUCCGAGUAUGUGACAGAAGAGAAAAGAAAACAGAUGUUGUCUUCAUGGGUCAAACGGCUGCAGACCAUUUGGGAGGAGAAACCUAUUCACUGUGUCCCGGAAUGGUACUUUGGGGACAUUUGAAAACAGGGAGAUGAAUGCAAAAAGAUGAAAAUAUUUUCUGAAACUCUGUCCCACAAAUACUUGCUUCUGUAUUUCCCCUAUCCAUCUUGGGAUGUACAGAGGCAAUUAAUAAAACUAAAUUGAAUUAGA